AUGACGGACAACACCGCGGGUACGGUAGAGGCUCCCGAGUCGACCACAGUGGAGGAAUUAUCUUCGGAUGACGACGACAAGGAGGGACUACCGGCUGUGGCAGAGACGAAACCGACUGAGGCAACGAAGAAGCCCCUUUUGCCCCUUGCUCCGAUGUUCCUACCCCCACAAGAACGCCUGGCAGCAUUAAAGAGGAGGGAGGCGGAGCUGGAGGCGGCUAAGGUCACUGAGACCAGUGAGAGACCACGGAAGGAGAGGAAGGCUCGGAAGCCGUCUGAGAAGGGGAAGGGUAAAGCCAAAGAGACAGCCAACACGACGGAGGACGCGGAAGAGGAGGAGAGGAAGCUGGUGACACAGGAGAGGGAGGCGGAGGUGUCACCGGAGGCGACUGAGGAAACGGUGAUAGAGGAGGAAGGGGGACUCUUAGGGGAAACGAUGGGGAAGAGUCCGCCUCCGGAGAAGAAGACUGUCCCACUGGCCCCGAUAUUCGCGCCCAAGAGCGAACGCUUGCGGAUGGCAGCUGAGAAGAAGCUGGCAGAGGAGAAGGGCGCUGUAGAGGAGACCAGGGGUGGUCGGAAGAGGCGUGUCUCGCGGGUCGGCCUGGAACAGGGCAGCCAUCGUUUGAGCAACGACCCUGUUGGCCAGGUGAAGUACGUCAUUGAGGACGCCUCAGAAGAGGAUGACGAACCCCCUCCUCCUCCACGACGGCGGAAACAGGCAGGGAGCCAUGGCCAGUCGGCAGUGGCCCGAGCUAAGCCAAAGGCCCGGAAUAGGCCUCGACGAUCACCUGAGUCGGAAUCGGAGUAUUCUACCUCUGAGGCUGAGUCGGUGUUGCCUCCUCCUCCUCCGCCCAAGGACCUGUAUUCGGCAUCUUUUCUGGACGCAGCAGUGGUAGGCGCGAUGCUCAGAAUCUUGUCGAACUUUCGGAAUGCUGAAAUUCUCCGAAUCAUGUUAGCGUCCUCCCAGCCCAGCCGCCGGUCGGAGGUCCCUGUAGAGCUCAAGGGAGUCUCUCCAUCCCCCUUCUGUGGAUCCAUCAAUUACAUUGCUCACGAACAAGUCGACCCUCCCAUGACCCCUCUCUGGUCGAGCCGCCCCAGCCACGUCCCUGAGGAAGCCCCCGAGAUGCUCUCCCGGUCCUCGGCCGAAGUGCCAUCUACGGUCGCCAGCAGCCAGGUAGUGGGCAAGAGCAUAGGCCCUCUCCCUUCCUGGGACGAGGUCCGACACCGGAUGAAUGCUCACGAGGACUGCAGACAGUAUCACAAGAAUUGGAAUCGGCACCAUCUCCUGCCCCCUUCCGCACGCCACAAGCACGCCUUAGCCAAGUGGCUCAAGCUGUGGGUAAAGCGAGCGGAUACUGCUCGGGAUCGUCGUCGCAUGGAGGCAGCCACCACUGCGGUAGCUACAGCGGCAGCAUCGAAGCGCCUACGGAAGGCUGGGGUAAUGAUGGAGAUGGCUGAUGAUGACGGCUGGAUACAGAAGAAAGGCAGCAAGGGACGGACCAAUGGCAGUCGGGGUCUCAGGCGUCAAAUGUGUUAUGGAUGCGACGGCUCGGUUUUGGUCUUCGAGCCUCCGAGUAAGAGUCGAGGCAAGCGGGGCCGGCGACAGUCAGAUACCUCUGAUGCCGAGGGGGUCGUCAGCGGCCCGACUUACACCCCUUUUGGAUGCAGUGUUGUUAUCACUGGCGGCACCGGCUGUGGCAAGACCAGCUUAGUCUACGCUGCAGCUCGAGAGGCUGGCGUAGCAGUGGUAGAGCUGUCCGUCGACUCCUGUCCACCGGGUCACACCGUCCAAGUCGGCCUUAUGAUUGAGGAAGCCAUCAAGAGCAGCUCCGUCGAUCUCCGAGGGAGUCAGCCUAGUGUCGCUUCGAGCUCCGACGGCAAGUGUUCGCCUAGUCCUGAGGGAGAUGCUCCGUUGAACACCGGCCUCCUACAGCUACUCUUAGUUGAUGACGUUGAUGCUAUUGUCGCCAAUGACCGCAGUUACGGCUCUCUGUUCGGUCAGCUCAUAGCGGCUUCCCGCCGCCCAGUGGUCUUCACGGCUCGAUCGGUUGAAGACCUUCCGAGGCAACUCCGGCCUCAGCCGAUACGUCGACGGGAGAUUAUAGAGUUCUGGGACGACCUGGACUCUUCCCCACUACUCGUACAGUCGAGUCCGCAGCAGCUGCCUAUCCCUCGGCCGUCUCCUAGGAUGGUCAUGGCCGUAGCUCUACAGCUUGCCGAGGCCCUCUAUGGCGCGGACGUUGAGAGCUCCGACUUGCCGCCACCGUCGUCUUGUACUGAUUUCCGUCGAGCCACUCUAGAAGUAGAAGCAUCCAGACGAGUCGAGGCGGCCGCCGUCCCCACUGAGGGCGGCGAGCCUAGUACAUUACUGUUUAGUUCACAACAGGAUCAGCUCACGUUAGAGGACCUUAGCUCGGUCUCCCGCUUGCAGAGUGCAGUGGCGGCAGCGGCCUGGACGGAACCUCAGCAGCCAAAAGAGUCCGAGGUCGUUGAGGCGCUACGGUGUCUGGAGGGGAAUCUUAGAGUGUCGAAUAAGGAAUGUCAAACCACUGUUAUUCCUCUGGCUAUGCAUAUGUUGGCCGAGCGAGAUCUUGCCGGGACCGCUACCACACGUCGAACUACUCGGGAGAACGCCACUGAGCUUUUCAAAAUGUGA